AUGCCCGGAGCUCAACCAUCAAAGAAAACCUAUCCUUCUUUAUUCUCAAUCAGUUUCUACCAAAAAUGUUGGGACGUGACGACAAACGAAGUCCGCUUACGAGUAAAAUCCGCGAUGAUGCCGCGAGAAGACUUCCUCAAGAACCUGCGCGGGAAGCCAGAUCUUUACGGCCCUUUCUGGGUCGCCGUCACUCUCUGCUUUUCCACGGCGAUUUGCGGAAACCUGGCGAAUUUUGUUCAGAAUAAAGGAGAUCCUGCUUAUGUCUACGCGCCAGAAUUCGAAAGAGUCACUUCCGCUGCAUCUGCUAUUUUCGGAUAUGUCUUUGUUUUUCCCAUGUUUCUUUCGGUUGUGAUGUACUAUUCAAAGAUCAUGACUGGUUUCUCUGCUGUCGAGCUGCUCACUGCGUACGGCUACUCUCUUUCAAUUUUCAUCCCAAUCAGCUUUUUCUGGAUCAUUCCCGUCGAGUUCAUCAGAUGGCUUCUCGUCAUUUUCGCCUCAGUCGUUUCUGGAGCUGUCGUUGGGCUUCCAAUUUACAACGGGCUCAAGGCCGUCACGAACAAGCAAAAAGCAUACGCUGUUCUAGCUUUGGCCGUCGUCGCCAAUUUGGGCCUCUCAGUCGGCUUCAAAAUGUACUUCUUCGAAGCGCCUCUCAAUCCUUCCGGCUUCGUUCCUCCAGUUCAGCCUCCGGUAGAAAUUCAGCAACAGCCAGUGGUGCCAGAAAAUCCAGUCGAGGUUGAAGAAGUUGCGCCAAUUGUUGAUGAAGCUCCAGCUGUUGAAAAUCCAGUUGUUCCUGAAGUUCCAGAACCAGUAGAGCCUCAAGCUGUAGAAUCCGUCGAAGAAAGCAAAGAAGUCGCCGAGCCCGAACUCGUCGCACAAGAACAAGUCCAGGACGCUCCAGAAGCUGUGGAAGCUCCCGAAGCUCCUGUAGAAGCUCCGGUCGUCGAUGCGGAAGAAGCUGCUAGAGAAGAACAUGUGGAAGAAGUCCUGCAUCAGCUGCCAAGAGUCGCAUCUCCCGUCCAAGCAGCUGCUGAAGAACCAGCUCAAGUUCCAGAAGUUCAAGCUCCUGAGGGAGCGGAAGGUUAA